AGGCGGGAUUUAACGCAAAACGGUUAGGGAUAAACUAAAGUAUACUGUCAGUCGUAGCUAGUUUUUAGGUAGUCAAUAGAUGGCAUAAAAACAAAAUGUAUAAAAUGAAUUUUGCAUUAUCGUCGUUUAUAAGAGGGGCAUGUCAGCAGCUCCUUGAGCCUUUGAAUUUAUCCGGAAGAACGACAGGAGGAAAUGUCUUGCGCACACUUUACACAAGUUCUGUCCGAUUCCAAGAGGCUGAAGUUCAAUCACAAGAGCUCACGUCCAGCAUGACUCCUCCAAAAAGCUCUAAAGAGUUCAGUGUUUAUCCUCCCUUCCCAGGCCAGGACAGUGGUUUGACAUGGGGUGGCAAAAAGUUUGAAGAAUUACCGAUAAUUCACAUUAAAGCCACCUAUAACAACACUCACAUCCAGGUGACCGACAGCGAGGGUCAGUCCAUGGCCAGAACCUCGUGUGGGACAGAAGGUUUCCGUAACAUAAAGAAAUCAACUCCAAUUGCUGCCCAGACCACCGGCAUCGCGGCUGCUGCGAAGGCACAGGCGAAGGGAGUGACGUUUGUGCGUGUCCUAGUCAAAGGACUUGGUCCAGGGCGCUUGUCUGCCAUUAAAGGGUUAACCAUGGGAGGACUGGAGAUUGUGUCCAUCACUGACAACACGCCGGUUCCACACAAUGGCUGUCGGCCUCGUAAAGCUCGGAGGAUGUAAACCCCAGUAAUCCAGUCCGUCUGUGCCGAAAGCAUCAACAGCUGAGCCUGCAGUCUGAGCGGAGGAGCUGAACACAUUGCUCAUUUCCUUUGCACAGUAUGACGUAUCACACUUCAUGUAACUAUUUGGGGUAUUUUGGUAGAUUUUUUCUGUGUUGUUUUUUUUUUUUAAAUGUAUUAAACCAGUGGAAUUAAAGAGUUAACUUUUGUCUUUUCUUUUACAUUAUCACAUAUCUUCAGCAGCUGUUAUUUUGUACAUGAUAAAGACAGUCAUCACUGCCAUAUGAAGGUGCUAGUUAUAGAAAAUGGGCGAAAGGCACCUUUUGAUGCUCGUUCAGUUCGAACAAUGGUACCCAUCAGUCUAAUGCGCACUUAAGAAUGUCUGUCUUUUUUUGUCAUCACUGGUAUUAGAUAUGUCAGAUCCGCCUCUCAAGUCCGUUUUCCCAGUUCUGAGUGAGAGGCACAGUGCAGAAUAGCUCCCUAUAAAUAAAUGGACUGUUGUAAGGUUAUUGCCCUUUCCUAGUGUUACAUCAGGUGCUUCGUUGCCAUAGCGACAGCAAUUAGCAAGGACUCGGGCGGGCGGUUGAAUACGAGCCUGUCCCUCGUACCCAUGGCAACCAAGGUCAGGCCCGCAACACACAUCUGCUUUUCAUUGCUAACCCGCUUUCAGCGUGCACUAAAGCUAGAGGGUUAAGGGAGCAUUAGGCUGUGUGGGAGGCCAUUUCCAAAAUGUUGUGGCUUCUAUUUAGACCCCGAUUAAAGCGGUAAUUAGAAAACAAAGUGGUAGUCUUAUCAUUGAAGGAAGGGCCUUAAGCGUAUACUGCCAUCUUCAAAUUAAUAGCAUUCUUAGGAAGGUAAGAACCAAUUGUCACUGACCUAAAGAACCACUUUAACAACAACUGCCGUUGUUCCAGACUGUUGAUUUCUAACCUGUUGUGUCCAUUUGUGUGAUAUUUUGGCUAGAAUUUACAGGUGUCCUGUACUCUGAACAGAAAAUCACAAUGUCUGCUACUUCAUGAAGGAGAAUUAGUCAAGAUAUUGAUUGAAGGAUUUGACCCGACAUAAUCCAAGUCCAGAGUUAAUUUUCUUUCCAUGGUUAUAUUUAUGGUUUUUAGGGUUUUAUGAUGCAGGUGAUUAUUAUUAUUGCAUUUACAGGCUUUUGUCAUCUUCAAGAUAAUAAUGUUUAUAGCAGAGCAACAGGUAAAAAACACUGUACUGUAAAAGAACCAUGUUAAAUCUGUCCAUAUCUGACUCAUAAUAUUUGAGUAAAAAGCCACUUAUUCACUCUUCCAUCACCAAUAGAAAAAUAUGCUUAAUUAUUAAUUAAAACUAAGCAAUUAAAUCAUUAGAUGAAAAUUGUACAGGCUGCUGUCUAAUUAAUAACAUAUCUAUAAGAACAAGUCAAGUAUAUAUAUAUAUAUAUAUAUAUAUAUAUAUAUAUAUAAUGUAUGUAUAUAUAUAAAAUAAAGUUGUACAAGCAUAAGUUUUGUUUUUGUUUGUUUAGGUUUACUUUUUACACAUUAAUGAGUAUUCAUAUGGCUUUAUAAAUGAUCCAUGGCCAAGACUUUAGGCGUAAUAAUCGAUCAUGACUGCUUGUGUUUUCUUCUAUGGUUAUGGCUAAGGUUUUCCUCCAUCUGUAUAACUGAAAUAUGAAACAAGUCAUAAUCUGGAUGCGUUCACAGGCUACUGCUGUCCUCAAACGAAUCACUUUCAUAACAAGGCAAGAUCCAGCAGUCAAUAACCUUUAACACAUUAAAAGCUCUUCACGUAUUGUUUUCUGACAGUGGAAUCAAAAGCGUGAUAUUUUUUGAUAACAAGAAUAUCUCACAGUUCCAUGAUCCCUGGUUUGAUUCAUUCUGGCGCUCGGGUUACUGCCUUUGUGCGGUUUCACGUGUCGACCUUAUGUAUGAGAGUGGUUCCUAUGGGUUUUCUGAGAUUUUUUAAAAACACCUGCAAAAAACAUUGAUAGAUGGGAGCUGGAUUAGCUGUGCCAAAAUGCCCCUAUGUGUGUAUAAGUGUGUGAGUCUGUAUAAGAAUGUGGAUGUGUGGUGUCCCAUCUAGGUUGUUUUCCCCUCACACAUCCUGUGUUCACAUGAUGUGUAAAGUACAUAAGUCUUAAUAAAUAAAUAACAAAACCUCUGA